GUUCCACAAUCCACUCAGAAGUGUGCCGGUGUCGACUGUCGCUCCGGUCCGCCAGUCGAGUGCCGCAUUCCCUACACGCUCCACGCUCGUCUGCUUUCUACGCAAAAAUGUCUGGAUAUCCGUACAACAACCCGCAGUACCCUCCUCAAUACCCACCACAGUAUCCCCCGCCCCAGAACCAGAUCUACCCCCAAAUAUACCAGCAAGCGUAUGGUGCCCCUGGGCAGCCAGGACAGCCAGGGUUCCCUAGCGCCCCUCCGGCGGGCAUGAACCCAGCUGCGAUGUCGUACCCUGGAGCCCCCAUGCCGCAUAUACAACCAACACCAGCUUACCCUGGAUUUCCUGCAGGACAGCCACAUCAACCACCACCUGUAGAAUGGAUUGCCAGCAAUGACUACGCUGCAGAAGGCUUGGUACACAGAGCUGUGGUAGCUGGUUACGAGGGCCACGAUGGAAGCCCUCUCUGGGUGAUCAGGGCGCACCAUGAAGGCGAUACUAUCCCCGGAAAGCUAGCGAUCAAACACAAAUCUGCCUAUAUACCUUGGGGAGGCCAGGAGAUCAGAGUACACAAUUUCGAGGUCUGCGUAGCUGAUCCGCAAAGAGUCAGAUGGAUAGAAAGCGGCAACGGGUCUACACCUCCCAACGCAAUUCCAGGAGGACGUACGUCAUCAGGAGAAACUUUGUACAUCGGCAGAGCCAAGCACCAAGGAUCACUGACACCAGGAAAGAUCCACCCAAGCCACAAAGUAAUGUACAUGUCGUUCGCUGGAAACGAACUCCCACACCACAAUUACGAAGUACUUUGUACCGUUUAGAACUUUUACAAAAUUAAUCUGAUUGUUAAGAUUUUUGAUCUGAUAUUUACUUGUUAUUAUGAUUUCAGAAUGUCUGUAUUAAUGGAAUGCUACGUAAAGCAUGUUUAUUUUAUAAUAUUUUUUUCUAUGAAA